AUGACAAAACUCGAAAUUGAGCCGCCAAACGCCCUUGUCUACGAAAAGAAGACAGCCUUCGGGCUUGUGGGCGACCAGCUGGCCCCAGCCCGUGUGACACGCCGUCCCGGCAGCCGCCGUAGAUUGUCAGGGGCAGACGAGGCGAAAAAACUGACGGCCAGGAUGAAGGAAGUCAACUCCGCCGCGGGUUUGAUUGACAUUUUGGAUGGCGUAGUGGAUGGCCCCAUUUUCAACAAGUUUCAUGCAUCCGCUGCAUAUCACAGCUUGGCGACCUGGAAAAGACGGAGGCGUUUGCAGCUCGCAGAUCGGGAGAGCACGGUGUUGCCUAGACUGCAUGGCCGAGUUCGGAGCAUGAUCUCCCGCAAAAAGCUGGGGCCUCGUGAGUGUGCCAACGUCUUCUGGGCCACAGCGCACCUGUCAGGUGCUGUUCCCAACGUCACCCGGCUGGUGCCAGCCCUGGUGAAAGUGCUCCCAGAGCAGCUGGAGACCAUGAACCCACAGGAGCUGUCCAACAGCCUGUGGGCCGUUGCACAGCUGCAGGAGGUCGAGCCCCUGGUUCUCCAGAUAGUGCCAGCCAUCGUCCAGCAGAUCCCCAGCCGGGCCAAUGAUAUGAUCCCACAGCAUUUGUCCAACUGCCUGUGGGCUGCCGCUCAGUUGCAAGAGGGGGCACCUGAUGUGCUGAAGAUUGUGCCGGUUCUUGUGGACCAGAUAUUGGUGAAUGCCAAAGACAUGAUGCCGCAGCAUCUGUCCAACUGUUUGUGGGCAGCAGUUCAGCUCAGGGAAGCUGAACCUGCUGUGCUGAAGACGGUGCCAGCGAUUUCAGAGGAAGUCCCUUCCAGGGCCGAGGCCAUGAUCCCCCAGGCGCUCUCCAGCGUUCUGCUGGCGGCGGCCCAGCUGCACUCGGUGGAGCCACAGGUCCUGCGGCUGGUCCCAGCGGUGCUGCCGCAGCUUCCCAUCAUGGUGGAGCGGAUGGUGCCGCAGGUGCUUUCAAACUGUCUGUCCGCACUGAUCUUUCUGCAAGAUUCGCUCCCAGAGUUGGUGAAACCAGUAUUGCUGACUGAGGAUGGCCGGAGAGGUUUCGUGCUGCUGGCGGCUAAUCGCUUGAAGGAGAUGCUGCCCAGCAUGACGAGCACUUCUGAUCUGCACAUCGCAGUGCCCACCGUGGUGUGGGCCUGUGCUCGCCUGGGUGUCCAACAUGACUUGCUGCUGGCUGUGGCGCAGCACUUAGGGUCCAAGACGAAGGUCUCAAAGCUACCUGACUGGGGGCUGUGCGUCCUGGCCUGGUCCUUCCAGGUUUUGGAGCCGGAACUCAUGGAUUUUGAGGAGCUCUUGCUCACCGAAAUCAACAAGAGGGGCUUCACAGAUGAGAAGGUUGAGAGGAGCCAGCUAGGCUCCUGGGAGUGGCAGGAGGAGUCGGAGGAACCAGAGGAGUUGGAGGCCAGUGAAAACUCCAGUUGCCCUCGGUCCAUGCGAUGGCUGGUGCCCCUGUGGUUCCUUUGGACCAUGUGCAUUGCUCUCUCCCAGCUGCACCAUGUGCUCUCCUCAGCCACGGCCCUGGUUCAGCGCCCUCCGGGGAAGCGCAGUUCAGAGUCGGAGGGGAAGAUCCUGACCUCCAAGAUCAAAGGAGCCAAGUCAGCCAAGAAGCUGCUGGCCAUCUUGGACAAGACCAUGGAUAGCCAGACCUUCAACAAGGUUCACGCCUCGGCGGCGUACACCGCUUUGACGGCCAUGAAGAGGAGGGGAUGGCGACGACUGGAGGGUACAUGGGAUAGCUGUGUGCUAUCUAGACUGCAGGGGAGGGUGAGGAAGAUGAUCUGCGGGAAUCAGCUGGGUUGCCGGGAAGGUGCCAACAUCCUUUGGGCAGUGGUGCACUUGUCGGAAAUGGAUCCAAUGCUGCCGAAGGGUCUGCUACCUGCUUUGGUGGAAGUCCUUCCCAGCCAAGUGCGUGGCAUGAACACCCAGCACCUGUCCAACUGCUUGUGGGCAUCAGCGCAGCUCCAAGAAGUCGAGCCUUCAGUGCUCAAACUGGUGCCCGCCAUUUCCUCGGAGAUACCAUCAAAGGCCAAGGACAUGGUCCCACAAGCCCUUUCGAACUGUUUCUGCGCAGCAGCCAAACUCCAGGAUGCUGCAGAAGAAGUGCUGAAGGUGCUGCCGGCCAUCGUAGCAGAGAUUCCUAAGAAGGCAGGAGACAUGAUUCCUCAAGCGCUCACGAAUUGCUUGUGGGCAGCUGCCCAAUUGCAAGAGGUGGAUGCGGGUGUUCUCAGGGUGGUGCCGGGGCUGGUUGAACGCAUGCCCAGUGAAGCAGAGAAUUUGAAACCGCAGGAGCUGUCGAAUUGCCUGCUGGCCACCGCUCAGCUGUAUGAGGUGAAACCCUUGGUGCUUCAAAUCCUUCCAGUCUUGGCAGAUCAACUACCCUUGAAGGUUCAGCAGAUGAACUCCCAAGCACUUUCCAACUGCUUCUGGUCCUGUGCCCAGUUGCAGCACCAUCCACAGGGUGCUGCCUGGGUGCCUGGGAUGCUGCAGCAGAUCCUGCAGCGGCUACCAGCAGCCGCUGCCCAGAUGACGCCACAGGAGCUGUCCAACAGCGUGAGGGUGGCGCCGCGGCUGCAGGAGACAGUGCCGGAGGUGCUGGAGGUGCUGCCUGUGAUGCUGGAGCAGCUCAAGACCUUCCCCUGUUUUCGCGGAUCUUUGGAGAAAAAAGUGGGCUCGGAGCGCAUUUGGAUGCAUUUGGACACAAUGUCUUGGUGGCGGAUCCUGCACCGCUGUGGCUUAAAAAGAUUGGCGGUUCAGUCGGCACACGGUUCAGUGAAGCCCAAGUUGUUUCAGGACAGAGAGCAAAAUGGCGAGUGUGCCAUCACGAAAGCCAAAGGGAGAUGGGAUCAGAUGAGAUCAGACUCGACCGGACCUUGGUAUAUGCCCCGGUUCUUGGGCUUGGUGCUGCUGGCCAUGAGCCAAUGCUGCUGCUUCAGCGGCUUGGCCAAGUUCGCCCAGCGGCAGCCCAGCACCAUGGUGCUCCUGCGCCACGGUGAGCGAGAGGAUUACAUCGCACAGAAGGCAUCAGCAGGUCGAGGUGCCCAAUGGGUCAAGGAAAGCCUGCGGCCCUGGGACCCCGCGCUGGCGCCCAACGGCCAGCAGCAAGCGCAGAGCGCGGCGAAACGCUUGCGCCAGGUUCUUGAGACAGCACAGCUGCCUUUGCCAUCAAAGAUCUUCACCUCUCCCAUGCUGAGGGCUGUAGAGACGGCAAACUUUGUUGCAGAUGAGUUUGCUGUCAAGAGCUUGUACGUGGAGGAGGGCCUCACCGAAUCGGUCUACGAGCACUGGAUGAGGCAAUGGGCAGUGCCUGGCGCCAACAGCGACUGGGGCGGACCGCCCCAUUCCUGUAUGCCCCAGGGCCGCAACACCGGUGACCCACGCCUGGUGCGUGGCACGCCCGUGGCAGAAGAAGAUCUACGGCCCGAAGCCUUGGAAGGUGCGUCAAAGCUGAUCCCAACGUCCGGAGAGUUGAAACUGAAAUGUGGUUUCAGCCGGGUGGAUGAGAGCUACGUGAGCUGCGUGCCGGUGCGGGACAGGGGCUACCGCUGGGGCCACUUCGAAACGCACUCGGAGGUGGUGGAGCGUUGUACCGAGGCAGUGAGGAAGUGCAUGGCGCGAUAUCCACAGGAGACGCUGGUCUUCGUUUCGCACGGUGGUCCCACUCAGUACUGCUUGAAGGAAUUCUCGGGCCGGAAAUACGAAGGCAGCGCCGGUAUGACGGCCAUGUCGGUGCUUCGUGCGGCGGAGGCCAGCUGGGAGGUGGUCGUGGCCAACGAUGCAGCGCAUGCCAAGGCUUAUGCAGUUGGAGAAGAGACGAAGAUCUGAUUUGUGCAUUGCUUGAG